ACUCAGCCAACACGUGUCAUCGUCGAUAUGACUUCUAAUCCGAAGACGAAAGAGAGAAAUUUCCAGUCAUCGUUGAAGUCCCUGGAAACAGCCAUGAAAGAUGUCAUGUCAUUCAGCAAGAUAUUUAUGACAAUGGAGGACCUACAGUCUCAGAACAAAGAGCUAAAAGGGAAGUUGGAGGACGCCCACAGAAUAAUCGAAGAACACCAGUCAAAGAUCUGCACAGAACAGAGAAGAAAUGAAGACUUUGCUGAUAAGAUCAGUCAGAUUGCACAAAAGUGGGCUGAGGAGAAGAAAGACCUCCAGACGCUGGUAGAAGAUGUCAAGAAACAAAGCAGCAUAACUGCACAGAAAAGGGAAAACGAACUGAACAAGAGGGUCGAAGCAGCUGAGCGAGCUCUACAUCAGAGUCAAAGAAAGCUCGACAAACAAGGUUUGACCGUAUCACGACUUGAAAGCACCCUUAAGGAAACCGAGCUCCAGUUGAAAGAGCUAGAGAUGGAUACUAUGGUGCAUGAAAUCGAAAAAGAAAGUAUCUUGAACAAAUUUCGGACUGUUGAGGAUCGACUUAAAGAUCUGACCGAAGAAUUCUUCGAAAGCACCCUCAUAUCAUCAGACUCAAUUGAAGUACAAGAGCCAAGGCCGACCCAGUUUACAAAUGCUCAGUUUGGCUUUCCUCUGAUAAGCUAUCUUCCCAAUGGGAACCUGGAGUAUCCACGUCCGGCUUUCGCCCAAUCAGUCAUUGCAGAAAGGCUGGUACGAGAUAUUUUCAUAUCAACAUACUUGAACGCACCGUCAGGACGUACGAGUAUGGGGGAAUUCUUGCAACGUUCCAGCGGCCUUCGGCCACGUCAGAAAGCUAUACUAAGAUCUCUCUUGACCAAUGCUUUCCAAACUGAGGAAGAAAGAUUGCAGACCGAAGCUCUAGAGACUGCAUUUUCUAUAACAAACAAGACUCUAGAAUCGUUAUGUCGUCCGGAAAGAUUAAACGACUUCAGACAAAGUCUCUAUGGCUUUUUGCGGCUUGCUGCAGAUGUGUGGUGCUCCGUGCGAAAAUCUUCCUUCUUAUUCCAUGCAACAAUAGCCCCAGCAGGUUACCCAGGAAGGUGGCGUUACUCUGAAACACACAAUACCACAGACAACAAAGUGUGGAAAACAUCAUCCUGCAAGUUUCUAGUGCUUUUCCCGCACAUAUUCGACGAGCAAGAAAGCCAGAUAUUCUAUGAUGGAUUACUCUGGGUUGAAACUUCAGACUCCAACUCGUCAGCACUUCGUCUCCAGGGCCACCCACCCUUGAGGCCCGAAAAGCAUGGUGCUGCCCUGAAAGCGGCAAAGGGGCAAGAAGAUAUGUCACUCAGCAAUGCGAAGACUCCGAUGGAUGAUUCAUCAAGUAUAAUCGGAAUUGGGCAGCAGGCUUCCAGGUCUUCAAGGAGCAGAUCAUGCAGUGGAACACCAGGCCGAAGCAAUAAGAAUUUGCGACGAAAUCGACAUAAUAACUCGGAACCAGGGGCGAUAGACGGAACUCAAACCUCCUUCAGCGAUCCUACUAUCUCAUCGUGAUUAGCUAUCAAUCUUAGCAGGGGUCAGAAUUUGCAUGACGCGGCAUUUGUCUUAUUGAUUUGUGACUUGAGAUUGUGUUCGAAAUGUUUUUGAUUUAUGCGGACAGGGUUUAUUUGACUAUGAACAGAGGGAGAAAUAUCCUUCAAACAUCUGCUAAUGGUUCUCUCUACAAUCCGGAUAUGUAGCGUACUUGAAGGCAAACUAUCGGAAAAUGCACACUCUGUCACCUCCGGG